CGGGGUUCCGGGCGUCGCGAUGAACAUCGUGGUGGAGUUCUUCGUGGUCACUUUCAAAGUGCUCUGGGCGUUCGUGCUGGCCGCGGCGCGCUGGCUGGUGCGGCCCAAGGAGAAGAGCGUGGCCGGCCAGGUGUGCCUCAUCACGGGCGCCGGCAGCGGCCUGGGCCGCCUCUUCGCGCUCGAGUUCGCCCGGCGCCGGGCGCUGCUGGUGCUCUGGGACAUCAAUACUCAGAGCAACGAGGAGACGGCGGGCAUGGUGCGCCACAUCUACCGAGACCUGGAGGCGGCCGACGCCGCGGCGCUGCAAGCUGGAAAUGGUGAGGAAGAAAUUCUGCCCCACUGUAACUUGCAGGUUUUUACCUACACCUGUGAUGUGGGAAAGAGGGAGAAUGUCUACCUGACUGCAGAAAGGGUCCGCAAGGAGGUUGGCGAGGUCUCAGUCCUGGUCAAUAAUGCCGGCGUGGUCUCUGGGCAUCACCUUCUGGAAUGUCCUGAUGAGCUCAUUGAGAGAACCAUGAUGGUCAAUUGCCACGCACACUUCUGGACCACUAAGGCUUUUCUUCCUACAAUGCUGGAGAUUAAUCAUGGUCAUAUUGUGACAGUUGCAAGUUCCCUGGGAUUGUUCAGUACUGCUGGAGUUGAGGAUUAUUGUGCCAGUAAAUUUGGAGUGGUGGGUUUUCAUGAAUCCCUGAGCCAUGAGUUAAAGGCUGCUGAAAAGGAUGGAAUUAAAACAACGUUGGUUUGCCCUUACCUUGUAGACACGGGCAUGUUCAGAGGCUGCCGAAUCAGGAAAGAAAUUGAGCCUUUUCUGCCCCCUCUGAAGCCGGAUUACUGUGUGAAGCAGGCCAUGAAGGCCAUCCUCACCGACCAGCCCAUGAUCUGCACCCCCCGCCUCAUGUACAUCGUGACGUUCAUGAAGAGCAUCCUCCCUUUUGAAGCAGUCGUGUGCAUGUAUCGGUUCCUAGGAGCAGACAAGUGUAUGUACCCAUUUAUUGCUCAAAGAAAACAAGCCACAAACAAUAAUGAAGCAAAAAAUGGAAUCUGAGAAUCGAUCUUUUUUGUAUGGAAUAUUUCUAUCAGAAGACGAUCAAGGUAUUUCAGUCCUAUCUACAUCAGCAUUAUUGACAUUCUCUGGAUUCCAAAUCCAUGUUGACUUUUUUUUAAAUCAACUUUUUAAAAAAUAAAUAAAGUGUAAAUUAACCGACUAGAAUACUUGGAAAAUGUGAUCAGCAAAAGUGAGCUUACCUUGUUGCCAGCAGGCUCCUUUUCGGCCGAACCCUAAAACCUGUCAAAUCUUUUAGACAAGCACUGUGUGACAUCUCCAGGCUACCAUUAUUUUUUUUAAUGAGCAGAAAGUCUAGAGAUGAUAACAACAGUGUGUUUCAGCCGUGUGGGUUUUUUUUUUUUUUAAUCUCCAUGGAGUUUAUUAAUUCUUGUAAUUAAACUCUAGCCAAUUGACGCCCUUGCAACUUCAAGGACUGAUAGUGCUCUAUUUUCUCAUGUUUUAUAAGUUUCAGUUUUGCAAAGCCUGUGUGGCUUUUCGUGGUGUUUGUGUGUACAGCUCUUUUGAAAAGGAAUUUUGAAAUCUCCACCAAUUUGAAGUGAAUGAUGUUUGAUUAUUACAGUAAAGGUGAUCAGGUCUCUCUUAAAGUCAUAAUGACUGAAGUGUUAGCCGGAUUUUUAAUUUUAUCUCUGAAAUCUUCCCUUAAGGAUCUAUUACUCUGGAGACCUAGUUAUCCACAAAGGUCAUACAUUUUCUACCUGUGAAUUUUGCUGCAUACAGAAAGUGCCCUUUCCUCAGGAAGUUGCUGUGUUUCAUUUCUCUGAGUGGACUUUUAUCUAGAAUACAUAGCAGCUCUGCAAAGAAACAGUUCCUAAAAUUGGGAACUUCCGCAUUAAAAAAAAAUCCCCAUUUUUGUGCCAACUAUGAUUACUGAGGGGGAAAAACCAUAUUCUAUGGAGUACGUAUGGAAGGGUGUAAAGAUUCUUCUGAAAGUUUUAUUCACAUUGUAGAACAGCAAUUGACAUUUUUACAGUAUUUUUUUGUAAAGCAAACUAUUUUGUGCCUUGAAUUUGGUAAAUGUGUAUUAGUGAAAUGUUGUUAAAGUGGACCUCUACCUCUGUAUCUAAAUGUAUACCAUCCACUUGUAAAUUACUAUAAACUAUUAUGUGAUUGCCUUUUUUUUUUUAGAAUGUCUUGUUUAAAUAGCGACCAAUGUUUAAGGCUAUUAAAAUAAGCCAUCUUUUACUAAUUAAUUGGGACGUUUUAUAAAGGACUGAUUAAAUUUAAAGAAUUAACCUA